UCCACACUCCACAGUAUCAUAAAUAAUAUGCAAUAAUAGAAACUAUGCAUUGACUGAGCACGAUGGGAAAAGAUCAGGAAUUACUCGAGGCUGCCAGAACAGGAAAUACAAACCUUGUGGAAAAACUUCUUCAUUCAAAAUCAAAAUCAAGCGCUUUUGCUGCUUCUAUUGGGUUAAAGUCUCGAAUGAAAAAAUUAUUCAAGAUUCGAGUAGGUGCUCAUGUGAAUUGCCAAGAUCAGAAUGGAUAUACCCCACUCCAUCAUGCUUCAUUGAAUGGCCACAGUGACAUUGUCCAAUUACUCCUUGAUGUUGGGGCUUCUGUGAAUACUAAAGACAAGAAUGGGAGCCGUCCUUUACAUCUUGCUGCUUGGAACGGCAAAUCUGAAAUUGUGAAAAUAUUACUCACUAAUGGUCCAAACUUUGCCAGUGUGAAUGAGCAGAACGCCGACAAGGAAACCGCCUUACAUUGUGCUGCUCAACAUGGACACAGAGAGUCAGUGAAGAUAUUGCUCGACAACCAUGCUGAUCCUGAGCUUCGUAACAUCAGAGACGAGUCUGCUCUUGAUCUGGCAUCCCAGUAUGGCCGAUUAGAAGUUGUUCGAUUGCUACUGAGUUGCCAUCCAAAUCUACUUGCCAGAUCUCCAGAACGUUUUACUCCUUUACAUCUCGCGUCUCGGAACGGUCAUCGAGGGGUCGUCGAGUUAUUGUUGGUGCAUGGUGCUGAUAUUAAUAAAGUGGGAGCGAAUGGUACUGCAUUGCAUGAAGCUGCGUUAUUUGGAAAGUAUGAUGUUGUCAGUCUGUUGCUUAAGAGAGGAGCUGAGACUGGAUCAAAGGAUACAAGCGGGCGCUCUGCAUUGGAACUCGUGUCGCAACUUGACACUCAGAUAUCAAGAGACAUUGCAAAGCUCAUCAUAGCUCGGAUCCAGGAAGGUGAAGAUUAUGAACCGUUUUGUGGGAUUGUUUCUUCUACUCCCCAGCGGAGAAAACUGGGUGAAGAUAUGAAAGCAAGGAAUGAAUUUGACAAGCCUACAAAUGUAUUUGUCGCCUCACCAACCUUGUCUCGCAACCUGUCUCAUAGUUUUGGAGAAGCAGAUUUGGUGUCUCGUGAGCCAUCAAGAGGACGACCUUCAAUUUCACCUUCAUUCCGAUACUCAAGGUCAUCACAACUCAGUCCUGAAACUUCAAAAAGUCCAAGCGGACAUCGGAUACGACUACGAAGGACAUCAUCUGCUAGAAGUGCUAGGUCACUUCCAAGGCUGGUGUCUACAGCAAGUAUCCAUGGCAACAGGAGUCUCCAUAGUCUCCACGGGAAGAAAAGCGACGUAACGUCAAUGCAAGAUUGGUCGGUACGUCAACAUCAUCCAUCUAUCGACAUGUUUCCUGUGACCCCAACUCGGGCUUCUCAAACGAGUCGUAAAACUUCAUCUUCUGAGCCUUCCUCUCCCACACAUUUAGGCCCGAUGUCAAUUUCCCCAAUCAGACCUGGUGACACUCCAGAAGUCGUCGUUCACGGCACACCAUUACGGCUAGAAGAUGACAAUGUAUUCUUCCCUGGAACUCCAACGUCAGGUCGUCCAUCUUUUGAAACAUUUUUACCAUCCAAUCAUUCCAGGCCCGAACCAAAAACUGUCAUCCCACUAAAACCACCUGCUGAUGACUCGACAGAUUCAAAAAUUGCCAAGUCAUUAUUCACCCCCUCAAGUCAACAAAAAAUAAUUCCAAUAAUCAUAACUAAAUCAUCCCCAGGGGAUUCCCCUUUAGACUCACCACAACAAAAACUUACUUUGGUUAUGUCAAGUGAUACUCCUCCUCCUUUGCCCAAAAAGAGCACAGCAUCGCCACCUUGUGGAAUAGAGCCUAGCUCACCCCCAAUUCCAGUCAAAAAAAGUAAUUCACAGCCAGAACAAGUUAUAAUAGACCCAGAAUCAACAAAAUCAAAAGAAACCGGUAAAUCAAGUUUUUCCGAGGAUAUAAUUCCGCCCGACUCAGUGACAUUUGAAGGUCAUCAGACCUCUGGUAGCAUCAAACAUGACUCUUCUAGUAUAUUAAAUGCGAGUAUUUCUUCUUCUUCUGAUCUCUCUCCCACAGUCAAGUCUCCCAACGCCCCCAGGAAGCCACAGAGAAACAGACCAGUUCUGUCUCCGCCACCUCUUCCUCCAAAGCCAGCUCAUAUGAUGCAAGAGCCUAAGGGCAGCAGAGAAUAUUACAAUUUAAAAACCUCCGACCCCAACAUGAUGGACGUGGUGAACCUCGAGAAAAAGACCUAUACCUGGCCUGGAGCUUGCCUUUUCUCUGAAGAUUUUCUACACAUUGGCUAA